UUUCAUCGAUAAACAUUUCUCGAAUUAUGGUGGCGUCAUUUCGUUGAAUGGUACGCUGGCUGCAUAUCGACCGAGUAAAUAGUUUCUCUUAAAAUCUCGUAGAUCAUCGUUGAUUGACUUUGAGCAUCAUCAAAGAAACAUCUGAGAGGAUUUUUCAGCGAUUCACGAUGGAAGUGGAGGAGCUGCAGGCGAUUCUAGAGGCCAAGGAUGGGAUGAUGGAGGAACAGGAGGAAGAGAUAAUCUACGCAGAAGAAGAGGAAACCGAGCAGGGUGUUGAAGAGCACGCGGAAGAGAUUGUUGAGAUCAUAGAAGAGAUUGUAGUCGUAGAGGGCGAGGAUGGGGAUGAGAAUGAGGAGGAAGAGUCCUCGAGGCUUGAAAGCGUUACCGAAGGAGCAGAAGCUGACUCAAUGGUAUCCCAAGAAGAAGACAGUCCAGACGAAGAAAUACAGGUCCAGAAAUCAGGGGAGAAACGCAAAUCGCAGAGAAUCACAACUUACGAUGCUAAGGAAGAUUGGGAGGAGGAGAAUGAUCCUUUGGAGACUAAGGAAGCCACGAAAUCCAAAAGAUCCAAUACUACAUCGAAGAGAUCAACAGUGAAUGGAAAUAAAGUGGUUUCGAAUGGAAAUGGGGAGGACCAGAGUCACGAGACUUCGAAAACUAGAUGUUCUGGAGAGUAUGAGAGAGAAAUGAAGAUACCGAGACACGAUGAUGAGGAUAGUCCUCAUGAAAUUGUGAAAAAUGCUGAAAAUGACUUGGUUUACACUGUUCUCGGGUCCAAGAAGCAGAGUCAGGAAGAAAAAAACUCGAAUGCUCGUUACAUCAAGAUGGAAAGACUAGAAGAAAAUACAAUUCCAGUCGAAGGCACAAUUUAUUAUGAAGGUGAUGAUAUGGGAACAUUAUAUGUUGCGCACCCCAUGAACGAGAAUGAACAAUAUGAAUUGGAAGGUGAACCCACUGCCGAACAGGAGGAGCAGCAGUUGGAGCAGCCGGAGCAAUGGGAUGGCUCUAAUGAGAUCAUCAUGGCCGAACAGGGAGAAGAGGAAAGUGCGCAGGACCAAAUAUUCCUACAUGAGGAUGAGGAUGGCCAAUUAUUCUUCAAGGAUGAGAAUGGACAGAUGCAGCCAGUAUACUUGACUGAGGAUGGGAAUUACGCCAUUGCAAGUAACAGCAGUGACGAGCAAGAAAAUCAAGAGGAAAGAAAUAAGAAGACUCAUGAGAACGUUGAAGACUUGGAGACUCUUUCCAAUAGACAGCAGUCCCCGUCUCCAACUCCAACGAACAAUGACCCGGAGAACGAAGACAACACAGUAACGAUUUCCCUAAUCAUCUCAGAAGACGAAAAUGGACUAAAGAGGACUCAAGUAAUAAUUCCGACAACAGAUGCACUAAAAUGUGAAAUUUGUCAAAAGAGUUUCAAGACUCAAUUCCAAUUGUUGCGACACAACAGACUGAAGCAUGCACGUGAAGAAGAUAUUACAGUGCGAAACUUCCCCUGCGAUUUGUGUCCCAAACGUUUUCCAGAUCAGAAUUCAUUAGCUAAGCACAGGAAAACACAUACUGGGGACCGUCCAUUCCAGUGUCUCGAGUGUCACGAGCAAUUUCCAACUGCCAAUUCCCUUCGUCGUCAUAUGAACCAACACAAUCCUGACUCGAAACCUCUGCCAUGCAUCUACUGUGGACGGAGAUUCAUCGAUAAACCAACACUCCAAAAACAUGAACAGUCUCAUCUUGCUGCAGAACAACGUACACAUACCUGUGACAUCUGCCACAAGCCGUUUAUCAGCGCCACUGAUCUGUCUAUGCACAAGAAGAAUCAUGAUCCUGAUAAAAAGUUUGAUUGUGAAGUCUGUGGGCGGGAAUUUAAUCGCCUUAAUAAUUUGCAACGGCACAUGCUCGUACAUCAACAGGUACGUGAUAAAGCUGCGUCAUCAAGAGGAGAAUCAUUCGAAAAAAAUCAGCAAGGACAAAACCAGGAGAUAUUAUCCUGUGACGUAUGUGGAAUCACUUACAAAUUUAUGAGUUCCCUGACAAGACACAUGGUGACUUCCCACAUGAACCCAGAAAAAUUGAGGCAACAGGCUGAGGAGCAGCGGCGGAAACGAGAGAACAAUUAUAAACGUUAUCUCGAAAAUCGUAAGAUGUACGAAACUCAGCACGUUCCAAUAUACGGAAAACGUCUGUAUAGGACUGCAGUCAGUAGUGACCCCGAUGACGAUUUAGCCUGAGAUGAGGGCAAUGAUUCGCCGGGCUCUGACUCGAUGGAUCAACAAUUGACUCCGUUGCGAUGGUUCGGGCAUUACCGGCAUCCACAACGCCUUCAAAGAUUAAUUCAUUGAAGCAUAACAUGAACUAAGUUGAUCUAAAACUUAAGAAUUGAAUAGUUAAUGAAAAACAGAUGCGUCUAAGAUUACAUUUUAAAUACAUUUAAUAGUGUGAUUGAAAACAAAAAUUAUUAAAAAAUAUGGACGAUUCAAUCAUACAAUUAUCAACAUCAAUGUUUGAUUUAGAUUACGAAAAUAAAUGUAUACUUAAAUCA